UAAAACCAACGAAGAGACAUAAACGUCAACCCUGUGAUUACAGUCAAUUUUUUCCGUUUAUUGUUUUCUCUCUUGAGUGUUUUAUUGAGUGUAAACAGAGUCUUGUCUCUGUGUAUUUUAGUGUUGAUGAUGAGAUGGAUGUGAUGUGCUGUAAAUCAGGAACUGAUCAGAGCUUACAGGAUGAGGAAUCUACUGAUCAAACCUCCACAGAGUCUCUGGAUUCUGUCUGGAACGCUGGAGAACAGCAGCAGAUCCUGCAGACCAAACUCAAGAUGUGUUCAGUCAAACCCAUCGACUUCAGGAACCUCAUGAUGGAGAUGAGAAGAGAAACCACAGAAGAGGAAGAUCACACUGAGGAAGAUGACAGUCAUGAUGCUGACUUUAUUCCUUCAGAUGUGAAGAGUGAAUCAUGUUCGGAUGGAGAAAUAACAUCAUCCUCAACAUCAAAAGAGCGACGGACAGCACAAACUCAAGAGAAGAAACUUCAUUCAGAAGAGCACAGAGAGAAGAAAAAGAAGAAGCAGUUUCACUGUCAACAGUGUGGGAAGGGUUUUGUUGUUUUAUCUCAUCUAAAAGUUCACAUGAGGACACACAGUGGUGAAAAGUCUUUCUACUGCACAGAAUGUGGCUAUAAGUUCAGCACCAAAGCAAAUCUUCGGCUUCAUCAGAGAAUUCACACAGGAAAAAAAACAUUUGAGUGUCCUCACUGUGAGAGGAGAUUUAGAGAUGCAUACUGUCUUAAGGCACAUGUGCUUUCACACACCAAUGAGAGACCGUAUCCGUGCAGUGAAUGUAAAAAAACCUUUAAGUGUUUACGCUCUUUAAAAUCACAUAAAAAAAUACACAGUGAGGAUAAACUCUAUCAGUGUUCACACUGUGAUAAACGUUUCCGUCAGAAAGGUCAGCUGAUAGUCCAUAAGAGACUUCAUACUGGAGAGAAACCUUACGUCUGCUCUCACUGUGGUAAGAGCUUCUCUAGUUCAUCCCAUUUUAGUUAUCAUCAGAGAGUUCACACUGGAGAAAAACCAUAUGAGUGUCCUCACUGUGAGAAGAGAUUUGGAGAAGCACACAGUCUUAAGGCACAUGUGCUUUCACACACCAAUGAGAGACCGCAUCACUGCAGUGAAUGUGAAAAAAGCUUUAAGUGUUUAGGCUCUUUAAAAUCACAUCAAAAAAUACACAGUGAGGAGAAACUAUAUCAGUGUUCAUACUGUGAUAAACGCUUUUCUCAGAAAGGUCAGCUGAUAGUCCAUGAGAGAGUUCACACUGGAGAGAAACCUUACGUCUGCUCUCACUGUGGUAAGAGCUUCUCUAGCCAAUCUAAUUUUAGAGUUCAUCAGAGAGUUCACACUGGAGUGAAACCUUACGUCUGUAAUGUUUGUGGAAAGAGUUUGAAAUUUCACAGCAUUUUAGUGUCACACCAGAGAAUUCAUACAGGUGAAAAACCUUACAAAUGCUCUCAGUGUGAGAAGACGUUUACUCAGUCAAGUAACUUAAGAGCCCAUGAGAGAGUUCACACUGGAGAGAAACCUUACGUCUGCUCGAUCUGCGGAAAGAGCUUCUCUAGUCCAUCUCAAUUAAGUGUUCAUCGGAAAGUUCAUACUGAAGAGAAACCUUAUGUCUGCACUCAGUGUGGGAAGAGCUUCUCUGAUUCAUCUCAAUUAAGUGUUCAUCAGAAACUUCACACUGGAAGAAAUCUUUAUGACUGUAGUCUUUGUGAGAAGAGUUUUAGACGACACUCAAACUUAAUAAAGCAUCAAGAAACUCAUACAGGUGAAAAACCUUUCAAAUGCUUUCAGUGUGAGGAGACGUUUACUGAGUCAGGUCAAUUAAAAGCCCAUCUGAGAGUUCAUACUUGACAGAAACCUUAACACUGCUCGAUCUGUGGAAAAAGAUUCACUAAAGUAGGAUAUUUUUAGACCGAUCAGAAGAAACUACACUUAAAUCCUCGUAGCUUUCUGUUUAUUCAGAAUGAGUUUAGUGAACUUUCAUGGCUUUGUUGGAGAAUAAAUUUUUUUUUUAAACUUGUGUAUAUUAGUUUGUGUAUUAUUAGCUUCUUAUGAUGAAUCAAUUAAUUGUUUUUGUCACUUUUGUAAGUAAAUUUGGAUAAAAGUGUAAGCAAUAACAUGUAUCUUAUAAUAUUAAAUACAGUCAGCAUGAGCAU